UGCAUAAGCUUCCUAGACUGCCAUCUGCUUGCGUUUGGGUUUUAAAUGUUUUGUUCGGUUAGUAUUAUUUUACUAAACGACAUCGAUAUGAAAUAAACAGCGCCUGACACUUGUGCUGUGCGGAGCACCAAUUGGCCACAAAUUGUCAUAAUGUUGGCCCGCAAAGGUCUUUUGCCUGAUGGGUUCUUGUUAACGCGACUCGCUGAAGAUGCACAACCCAGCCGCAUCCGGCCAAAGUCACAAAGGGCACGUUUCAUCACCAAGAGCGGCUCAUGUAAUGUAGCCCACAAGAAUAUUCGAGAACAGGGUCGGUUUCUCCAAGAUGUGUUCACCACUAUGGUGGACCUGAAAUGGCAGCAUUCUUUGCUCAUCUUCACCUCAGCGUUCCUCUGCUCCUGGAUGCUCUUUGCCAUGGUGUGGUGGCUCCUGGCAUUCGCUCAUGGAGAUCUAGAACCUCGAGAUCCCAAUGAACCCGGACCUGUGCCGUGCGUCACAUCCAUUCACUCCUUCACUUCUGCUUUUCUGUUCUCCAUUGAAGUGCAGGUAACUAUUGGUUUCGGAGGACGAAUGGUGACGGAAGAGUGUCCGCUGGCCAUCAUAGUCCUCAUCAUCCAGAACAUUCUGGGCCUGAUCAUCAACGCCAUCAUGCUUGGCUGUGUGUUCAUGAAGACAGCUCAAGCCAACCGCAGAGCAGAAACCCUCAUCUUCUCCCGUAACGCAGUCAUUGCCCCAAGGAAUGGCAGACCGACUCUGAUGUUUCGUGUUGGAGAUCUGAGAAAAAGCAUGAUCAUCUCUGCCAACAUACAGCUGCAGGUUAUUCGGCGGACAGUGACAGCGGAGGGCGAAGUGAUUCCCGUCUGUCAGUUAGACAUCCAGGUGGAAAACCCUCUCAGGAGCAACGGCAUAUUCCUCGUCUCUCCACUCAUUAUCAGUCACACCAUUGACAGAGGGAGUCCACUGUACGAGCUCUCAGCGCAGUCAAUGGCUACCGAAGAUCUGGAGAUCAUUGUCAUUUUGGAAGGUGUUGUGGAGACGACUGGCAUCACAAUGCAGGCCCGCACAUCCUACAUACCAGAAGAGAUCUUGUGGGGUCGGCGUUUCGUCUCUAUUAUGACAGAGGAGGAUGGACGCUACUCUGUCGACUACUCCAAAUUUGGAAACACUGUCCCUGUACGGAUGCCAGCGCUCAGUGCUAAGGAGCUGGACCAAACCAGGGGCGUGCAGGACAGCGGACCCCAUGAGGGUAAACCUCAGGGCUGGGGGCUGGUGAGGGCGGGACGAGGUGGGUACAGGAGGGGUGGAGCAAGGGCAUGUGAUGACACGGCAGCAAAGCCGUGGUACGUGCCAGCGGAGAAAGAGGAGGAGAAGAAGGGUCAAAAGAAAACCGUGAAGCUUGAGGAGAUAGGAAGAGAGAUUGAAGAAGAGACAACUGAGGAUAUGAGCGAUUAGAGCACAAUUUUUUUGGUGUUGUUGUAUUUAUAGAUAGUGAAGUAGAAAUGACCUAAAAGUUCACCAAGGAAUUCUAAUAUGCUAUUAUCUUACUCAAUCUCAAGCCAUCCAAGAUGGAGGAUUUUAUUCUAAUAUAGAAACAUUAUACAUGGAAAUAAAUGCAAAUGACAUAAAAGUUAAUAUUUGGAUUUUUACAUAUAUACAAAUAUGUCAUAUAUGCAACACAUGUAUUGUGAAAUAUUGCAAAAAAAUGGCCUCUUACGGAGUUGGCACUUUCAGAUGCAAUAAAAAAAAUACUUGUGGCUCCUAAAGAUA